AUGGUUAAUCAAGAGACAUAUGAGUUUCAAGCUGAGAUCACUCAGUUGAUGAGUUUGAUCAUCAACACUGUUUAUUCUAACAAGGAGAUUUUCUUGAGAGAGUUGAUUUCCAAUGCUUCGGAUGCUUUGGAUAAGAUUAGAUACCAAUCUUUGUCAGAUCCAAAGGUUUUGGAGACUGAACCAGAAUUAUUUAUUAGAAUUACUCCUAGACCAGAAGAAAAGGUGUUGGAAAUCAGAGAUUCUGGUAUUGGUAUGACCAAGGCUGAAUUGAUUAACAAUUUGGGUACCAUUGCCAAGUCAGGUACCAAGGCUUUUAUGGAAGCAUUGUCAGCCGGUGCAGAUGUUUCUAUGAUUGGUCAGUUCGGUGUUGGUUUCUACUCUUUAUUCUUGGUCGCUGACAGAGUUCAAGUUAUCUCCAAGCACAACGACGAUGAACAAUACAUCUGGGAAUCCAACGCUGGUGGUUCUUUCACCGUUACCUUGGACGAAUCCAACGAGAGAAUCGGUAGAGGUACUGUGUUGAGAUUGUUCUUGAAAGAAGACCAAUUGGAAUACUUGGAAGAAAAGAGAAUUAAGGAUGUUGUUAAGAAGCACUCUGAAUUCGUUGCUUACCCAAUUCAAUUACUCGUCACCAAGGAAGUCGAAAAGGACGUUCCGGUUGCUGAAGAAGAAGAAGAAGUAAAGGAAGAGAAGAAGGAAGGAGAAGAAGAAGAAGAUGACAAGAAACCAAAGUUGGAAGAAAUUGACGAAGACGAAGAAAAGAAGGAUGAUGAACAAAAGACUAAGAAGGUCAAGGAAACUGUCAAGGAAUUGGAAGAAUUGAACAAGACCAAGCCUUUGUGGACCAAGAACCCAUCCGAGGUCACCCAAGAAGAAUACAAUGCCUUCUACAAGUCUAUUUCCAACGACUGGGAAGACCCAUUGGCCGUGAAACAUUUCUCCGUUGAAGGUCAAUUGGAAUUCAAGGCUAUCUUGUUCGUUCCAAAGAGAGCUGCAUUCGACCUGUUCGAAUCCAAGAAGAAGAAGACCAACAUCAAGUUGUACGUCCGUCGUGUCUUCAUUACCGAUGAAGCUGAAGAAUUGAUCCCAGAAUGGUUAUCCUUCGUUAAGGGUGUUGUUGACUCUGAAGAUUUGCCAUUGAACUUAUCCAGAGAAAUGUUGCAACAAAACAAGAUCAUGAAGGUUAUCAAGAAGAACAUCGUCAAGAAGAUGAUCGAAACUUUCAACGAAAUCGCGGAAGACUCUGAACAAUUCGACAAGUUCUACACCGCCUUCUCGAAGAACAUCAAGUUAGGUAUCCACGAAGAUACUCAAAACAGAGCUGCUUUGGCUAAGUUGUUGAGAUACAACUCCACCAAGUCUGUUGACGAAUUGACUUCUUUGUCCGAUUACGUCACCAGAAUGCCAGAACACCAAAAGAACAUCUACUUCAUCACCGGUGAAUCUAUUAAGGCCGUUGAAAAAUCUCCAUUCUUGGAUGCCUUGAAGGCCAAGAACUUCGAAGUCUUGUUCCUUGUUGACCCAAUCGAUGAAUACGCCUUCUCUCAAUUGAAGGAAUUCGAAGGUAAGCAAUUGGUUGACAUUACCAAGGAUUUCGAAUUGGAAGAAACUGAAGAAGAAAAGGAACAAAGAGAAAAGGAAGUUAAGGAAUUCGAACCUUUGACCACCGCUUUGAAAGAAAUCUUGGGUGACCAAGUCGAAAAGGUGGUUGUCUCCCACAAGUUGUUGGAUGCUCCAGCCGCUAUCAGAACCGGUCAAUUCGGUUGGUCCGCUAACAUGGAAAGAAUCAUGAAGGCUCAAGCCUUGAGAGACUCUAGUAUGUCUUCCUACAUGGCCUCCAAGAAAAUCUUCGAAAUCUCUCCAAAGUCUCCAAUCAUUAGAGAAUUGAAGAACAAGGUCGAAGAAGGUGGUGCUCAAGACAAGACUGUCAAGGACUUGACUAACUUGUUGUUCGAAACUGCAUUGUUGACUUCCGGUUUCUCCUUGGAAGAACCAUCUUCCUUCGCAUCCAGAAUCAACAGAUUGAUCUCCUUGGGUUUGAACAUCGAUGAAGAUGAAGAAGUUGAAGCUGCUCCAGAAGCCGCUCCAGAAGCUCCAGCUGAAGAAGCAAACGCUGAAACUGAAAUGGAGGAAGUUGAUUAA